AUGCCUCUCCUUGUUGAGGAUGCCUGGAUCAAUGACCAGGCAACGAAUCAUAAUCUGGCCGAACUCGAAGACUGUGCUAUAGCUGUUGACGCUACCUACUAUCUCAACUACCUCCUCGAUACCCCGCCUGCUCAUGAACCGCUUCUUUCUGCCCUCGGUGGCUUGACUGGCAUUCAAUCGCACAUCAAUGAGGACCUAGACAAUUGGGAGAAGAAUCGCAUCAUUCCAUUCUUCAUAUUCGACGGACAGUCCAUCACAGGACAAGAUGAGGUAACCAUGAAGCGUGGUCGGGAGGCCAACUUGAAGACGAACGAGGCAUGGGAUCUCUACUCGCAGUCAGAGGCUGAACAGGCAGUGACUGCUUUUGGAGCGAAUCCAGGUGCUUUCCGUGUCCAAAAUUUAUACCCCUUGCUUCAGGGUAUUCUUAAAGAGAGGAGCCUGCAUUUCCUUGUUCCUCCUUACAACGCGAGUGCUCAGCUUGCUUAUUUUGAAAAGAUCGACUCAGACCAAUGCGCAGGAAUCAUGGGGUCUCAAGAACUGCUCCUUUACCCCAUUAAGGAUUCGGUUAUUCGCAGUUUCGAUUGGGAGGCAAAGACCGUCACGGCUGUGUCCAAGAAGAAGCUAAUGCGCACACUUAAUGUUAGCGAAGCCAUGUUCAUCGAUGCGCUGCUGAUGACAGGCACAUCAUUCCUCUCCCCCUUUCCGCCAUUGCAAGAUAGAUCAAUCUAUCAAAACCAAUUCACUAUCAUGGAGGCGAUCAACAUGUUACGGACGGCUGAUAAGAACGUCGCCAAUGCAUGCGCUUCAUUCAACGAUAUCCUGCAAUCACAGGACCCUAACUGGCUUGAUAACUACCGCAAGGCACGAUUGGCAGUCCAUCAUUUCAUCUACAUCGCCGAGAGCGGCGAGGUAAAGGUGAAUGAGUAUGACCGAUUGACCGGCGAUAACCAUGAAUAUCUGGGCCUUCAACUACCCGAAGAACUCUUUCACUACUUGAAUACGGGUUUGAUUGGAUCGCGAACCUUGAACAGCAUAACACAUGGUCAGGUCAUAGUCCAACCAACCCUUGAUGGUGUGGCCUCUGAGGAGUACAAGAAGCUCGUCACGUCACAAAUUGUUCCCAUCAAAGAGCAAACUCUGGGAUUGAUCAUCCCCCGAGUCCACCGUGGUAUUGGCCACAAGGCUGUCAAGAUGAGAGUGUGGUUUGAUCCCAAAUUUUCGUACACCCUCAACCACAGCUCCUUGCAACCCCCUCCUUCUCAGAAGGUUGGGUCUUGGGACGUGAAGGAAGAGGAUAUCCGGAGUUGCUUCCCCGAGGAUUUCGCUGGUCCGGUAUCUUUGGAAGUGCUGGCUCUUGCCAACGAUGAGUUUGCCGCCAAGACUACAGCUAAAGAGAAGGUUAUCAGAGGCAUUGACAGCGCCGAAUUGGUCUCCUCCGUGGCAAUCUGGCGCUUUCUUCAUCUACGGGGCUACGUAAACGAUUCUCACAGAUUGACGCCGUGGGGGAACGCGUUGGCAACCACGCUGCUUGCUGUCCAAGACGUCGUGGAGGAAUGUGAGGGAGUCGCCGGUCUGGACGAGGCCGCUUUGCUUGCCUUUGAGCUCAUCAAAUUGGGUCUUCUGAACGGCCGAAACCGUGAGCCUCUGCCUGGUCACCCUAGAAAGGGGACCGACGAGGAGAAAUCGAGUCUUGCCCUGAUCAGUGAAUGCGCGACGUUACUGAAGCUUCGACACCAGUUCUAUGGCUACACCGGACCACUGAACAAGAGCCUUCUUUCAUUCCGCUCACUAUCAACAACUGUUCGUGAAGCCGAUCGCGAUCUUAUUGAGGCCAUCGUUGCAUCCAUGUUCAUGUUUGGGCAGAGCAAGCGCGAGCGUGAUGACUACUUGCAAAUAAGCCAAAGGCUCCCAUUUUCCAAAGAACCAGAUAUCGGUCUUGGUAUUGCCAUCCGAACCUUCUUCGACGAAGAUGAGGCGAGCGACACCAAGGAGACAAGAGGAUCUCGGCUGGAAGAAUUUCCCAAAACCUUUGUUCCGUAUGCCGAAGCGCUCACCGAAGACUUCCGUGUUUGCGUGGGCUUCAUCGACGCGAUCAACAAAGGUGUACAGACAUUGGAAAGCAGCGAGCUACCUGCUGCCGAUAAGUCAGCAUGGGCCAAAGCUCAAGACUACCUCGAUGCACGGCCGUUCUAG